AUGACAGUUAUAACUAGAAAGUUCUUUAUUGGUGGUAAUCAUAAGCUUCAUGGUAAUAAAGAAUCAUUAACUACUUUAAUAAAAUCAUUAAACAAUGCUACCUUUCCAUCCGAAGAUAUUGUUGAACUUGUAAUUUCACCACCAAUAAUCUACUUGGAAACAGCACAAUCUUUGAUUGGUCCAAGAAUACAGGUUGCCGCUCAGAAUUGCUAUUCCGAGAGCAAAGGUGCUUUCACAGGAGAGAUCUCUGCAGAGAUGGUAAAGGAUCUAGGUUGCCAAUGGGUGAUCUUGGGUCAUUCCGAGCGUCGUCGUGUCUUUGGUGAAUCGAGCGCGGUCAUUGCCAAAAAGAUUGAACACGCAAUGCAAGUAGGUCUAUCUGUUAUCUUUUGUAUUGGUGAACUGCUCGUUGAUCGCGAAGCCAACAAAACGGAAUCAAUACUAGCAGAGCAACUCUCAGACAUUGUAAAGUCAGUUCCCGAUUGGCGAAGGUUGGUGAUUGCAUACGAACCGGUCUGGGCAAUCGGUACCGGUGUAGUCGCCACACCGAAACAAACACAAGAUGCACACCAAUUCAUAAGAAAAUGGUUAGCAACGAAUGUCUCGGAACAAGUAGCUAAAGAAACGCGUAUUAUCUAUGGUGGCUCGGUGAACGCUACCAACUGUGUAGAUCUAUCAAAGGAAACUGAUGUCGAUGGUUUCCUCCUUGGAUUCGCAGCGCUAGUAGCAGAUGAUUUCACAACGAUUGUAUCAUAUGCAAAACCAAAAUCAUCAUCAUAA